AUGCUGUUGGGGGAACCUCUGAGAUAUGAAGCUUCAUUUCCCCGGCAUGGUCUUACCAGCCUCUGUCCCAGUCACGAAGAGGUAUUUGGCGAGAUAUACACCUCUGCCGCAAUGCUCGAAGCGUACAAAGCCAUUCCACAACCUAGCCCUCCCCAAUCCCCUGACGACCCUGUGGAAAGCAUGGUAAUGGCCAUAAUGGAAUGGUCGGACGCUACACAUCUUGCUCAAUUCGGCACAGCUUCGCUUUGGCCUGGAUAUACGUUCUUUGGCAAUCAUCCCAAGGAAUUUCGAGCCAGGCCUUCGUCAAAUGCUGGUUUCCAUCAAGUAUAUUUUGCCACUGUAUAUAAUUUGCUCUAUUUUGUUCGCAAACUCACAGUCUUGCAGCUUCCCGACUCCAUCCGGGACACAUAUCGUACACAUUACGGCUGCAACAUGUCGGAUGAAGUCUACAAGCACCUGAAACGCGAGUUGAUGCACCGUAUCUGGGAGCUCCUUCUUUCAGACGACUUCCUCGAUGCCUACGACAACGGUAUCAAAAUCCGAUGUUGGGACGGAAUUGUUCGUCUGGUCUUCCCCCGAUUCUUUAUCUAUGGCGCGGAUUAUCCUGAGAAAGUUCUGCUCGCUACCAUUCGGAGUAUGGGCAGUUACCCUUGUCCGCGCUGUUUAAUCGAGAAACGACGAAUCUCUGAAACUGGUACCGCAAAUGACAUGAAGCGGCGACAAUCAAUUCGAAUCGAUGAUCAUCCUCGACAACAAACUAUCGAGGAUGCGCGUCGCGCUGCGUUUGAUAAUGGCUUUGCUAUCGGUGGCUCGAAUUCAGCUGUCGAUAAAAUGCUGAAAGGGAACUCCUGGGUUCCCGUUCGUAAUGCUUUUUCAAAGCUUAACACGGCCAAGACUCCCUUCAAUUUCUACACUAUGUUUGUCCCGGACCUGCUCCAUGAAGUCGAACUUGGGGUUGCUAAAGCUAUAAUCACUCAUCUAAUCCGGAUGCUUCAGACAUUCAAACAGUGCAUCCUUCCUGUGGUCGACGGCUUGUUUCCUCUUCACCAGCAGCUCAUUGAUCGACUAUGCUUCGAACUCGUCCUCUGGCACGGAUAUGCGAAACUUAGGAUGCAUACCACGACAACUCUCAAGUUAUUCAGGACUGCAACCACCAAUCUUCUGGCUACCAUCCGACGAUUUGCUCGAGAGACUGCCAGUGUACAGACGUACGAGUUACCUCGUGAGGAACGUCGAAGGGUCAACCAAGCCUCUAAAGCCGCGGCGGCGGCAGCGGCGGCAGCCACAGUUGCUGCGCGGACAGCAACACCAGCUCAAGAAUCAGUAUCUGCCUCCCCAGACCCAAUUCCUGCUGUUUCAGCUUCUUUCAACCUGGACGCAACCUCGAAACCAACCUCGAAAGCGCCCAGGAAAGCGAAGCCAAAACCGAAGCCAAAACCGAAGCCCAAGCCCAAAUUGAAGCUCAAAUCCAAGGUGCAGGGCCCUUCCAGUGGUGUGGCGCUGUUGGCGGACACGAACGGUGGCCAGUCAACCCCGAUAACUGACGGCUUUGGCCAAUCAACUACAGUUCUCGAGCCCUCUUCUUGUUCUGCAACGCUAUUAGCGAGCCCCAAUAACGACAACUUGCCUUCUGCAGCGGGCCCAUCGACACCAAGUAUCGACUAUCCUUCUGUCCCCGCUGAACAGAGCUUGUUGACCGCACCGGAUUCAUCAACUCCCCUCCCGAAUACGCUGUCCGGAUCUCUGCCUGCUCUGCCCAAGAAAAAAAAGGGAGAGAAGGUCGAGAAAUCUUUCAAUUUGAUUACGGAGCCAGGCAACAAAUAUCGUGCAGUUUACCCAGGUGGUGGCCCAUCGGGACACCCCAACUUCAAGCCAGACACAAUUGGGCGGCGGGUUUGUUGA